UCCUUACCAAAAAUGAAAAAAAAAAUUGCUAGAAGUUAUGCUUUUUAUUAUAUAGAGUAUUUGUGAGUGUUGCGUGUUUAUUUAUAGAUUAAAAAAAGAAAGAAAGAAAAAUCUUUAUCGACUAAUGAGCAGUUAGAGAGCUUCGUCGCACAGAGAUCCCUAUUCAGACACCGUCUCUGCGACCCCAUUUUUCGAUCGCGAACGAAUUCCCGCGCAAUUUUGUCUCAAUUUUCUUUCCUCUUUUUCUUGUUUUGCUCAAUUCGAUCCUCACUCCAAUCUUUUUCUGUUUGUUCGUCUGGAAAAUUUUAUUUUAUUUUCCCUCUCUCUCUCUCGAGUGGGUGCCGAGUUUAUUUCUUUCUUUCUUGGAAAUUAGGGCUUGAAUUCGUGGAAAUUAGGGGUUUUCUGAGUUGUUUUUUUGCCGGAAUUCGGAUUUGGAUUAAGAGGUGGUUGUGAUUGGAGAGGAUGAUAAUCAAGCGCAACUUGAAAUCGGUAAUGCCGACUCUGAAGCGAUGCAGAGUUGGUGAUUCCGGUGGUGAAGAAAGCGAGAGUUCCCCGAAGAGAAAGAAACGGAAAAUUAACGGCUAUUUUCCUCUCAAUCUGCUCGGUGAGCUCGCCGCCGGUGUAAUUCCCUUCGGUAUCUACGGGCUGUUGAGGAAUUCCGGUGAGAAACGUUUUGGCGCAGAUGAGGUGGAUUCGAAAUCGAAGAAGACUAAGGAGAGCUUGAAGGAGCGCAACAUUCCAGAACAAGAGGCUUCACGGCCGCCUCUCGUGAGGACGUCUCGGGGACGAGUUCAGGUACUUCCUUCUAGAUUCAAUGAUUCAAUUCUUGAUAAUUGGAAGAAGGAGAAGAGUAAAUCUAGUGUUAGAGAAUCGAGUUUGGACCCUGAAUUCAAUCCCUACGUUGAGAAAUACAGCUUCAAAACCCCCAAACUUCGUUCACAAAAUAAAGUUAGCUAUCAAUGUUGUAAAUUGCCGCCAUUGUUAGGGGAAGGUGAAGAAGUGAAUUGUUUUGACAUGAAGAAGUAUUCGAGUUCCCAUAGUACAAUAACGUCGCUCCAUGAGCAAUUGAAUGACACAGAAAGGUCCCCGAUUGAGAAAUUGGAGGAACCUGUAGAUUUGGCUGGUAAUGAUGGAUUGUUGAAGGAGGGUGAGUUUGUUUCAGGUGAUAUAGUUUGGGCCAUGUCAGGAAAGAACUAUCCUGCGUGGCCGGCUAUUGUUCUUAAUCCUCUAACACAAGCUCCCCAACAAGUUCUGAGUUUUCGGGUUACAGGUGCAUUUUGUGUGAUGUUCUUUGGCUACUCUGGAAAUGGAACGCAAAGGGAUUAUGCUUGGGUUAAACGUGGAAUGAUAUUUCCAUUCGUGGAGUAUGUAGACAGGUUUCAGGGGCAGACAGACUUGAAUGAUAGCAAGCCCAGCGAUCUUCGGUCUGCAAUAGAAGAGGCAUUUUUGGCGGAGCAUGGCUUCACUGAGAUGUUAAUGGUGGAAAUUAAUGCGGCAGCUGGAAAUCUAGGUUAUUUAGAAUCUAUUCGUGGAGGGGUCCAGGAAGUUACUGGUUCAAAUCAGGAUCAGGAAUGCAACAUCCAUAACCAGGCAAGUGAUGUGCUUAAAAAGAAAGAGACAUGGUCCUGUGAAAGCUGUGGAUUGAAUAUUUUACUUAAAUCUUCCAAUAAAAUGAAGUUUUCAACCCCGGGAAGCUGCCUAUGUAAUUCCUGUGCUAGGCUAAAAAAAUUAAAACAUUCUUGUGGCAUAUGCAAGAAGAUUAGGAAUCAUUUGGACAGUGGCAUUUGGGUACGCUGUGAUAGUUGUAAAGUUUGGGUGCAUGCAGCGUGUGAUAAAAUUUCUAGCAAUCUUUCCAAGGAUCUGGGGGCCACUGAUUAUUACUGCCCUGAAUGCAGAGCAAAGUUCAAUUUUGAAUUAUCAGAUUCAGAAAUCUGUCAGCCUAAAGUCAAAAACAAUAAUAUGCUGCCUGACAAGGUUACAGUGGUUUGCUCGGGCAUGGAAGGUGUAUAUUCUCCAAGCCUUCAUUUAGUUGUCUGCAAAUGUGGGUCCUGUGGAACAGAAAAACAGGCACUUAGUGAAUGGGAGCGGCAUACAGGUUCGAAAGCAAAAAAUUGGAAGACUAGUGUCAGGGUGAAAGGUUCCAUGUUAACACUAGAACAAUGGAUGCUGCAGAUAGCAGAGUAUCAUGCACGUACUGUUGUUUCUGCUAAUUCUCUUAAACGCCCUUCAAUAAAAGCACGAAAGCAGAAGUUGCUUACUUUUUUGCAAGCGAAAUAUGAGCCCAUUUAUGCCAAAUGGACAACAGAACGGUGUGCAGUAUGUAGAUGGGUUGAAGAUUGGGACUACAACAAAAUAAUUAUAUGCAUCAGAUGCCAAAUUGCUGUCCAUCAAGAAUGCUAUGGAGCAAGAAAUGUUAAAGAUUUCACUUCUUGGGUUUGCCGAGCAUGUGAGACACCUGAUAUCAAGCGGGAGUGUUGCCUCUGUCCUGUAAAAGGAGGUGCUUUGAAACCUACUGAUGUUGAGUCAUUGUGGGUUCAUGUUACUUGUGCUUGGUUUCAACCUGAAGUUUCUUUCUCAAGUGACGAAAAGAUGGAGCCUGCUGUGGGAAUCUUGAGAAUUCCAUCAAAUGCUUUUAUAAAGAUCUGUGUAGUCUGUAAGCAAAUUCAUGGUUCCUGCACACGGUGUUGCAAGUGUUCCACUUAUUACCAUGCUGUGUGUGCAUCAAGGGCUGGGUAUCGUAUGGAGUUGCAUUGCUUGGAAAAAAAUGGGAAACAAAUUACAAAAAUGGUUUCGUAUUGUGCUUAUCACAGGGUUCCAAAUCCAGAUACCGUUCUAAUCAUACAGACUCCUCUGGGGGUUUUUUCUACCAAAAACCUUCUCCAAGACAAAAAAGGCAGUGGUUCAAGGCUAAUUUCAUCUAACAGAUUGAAACUUAAAGAAGCGCCAACAAUAGAGAUCAAUGAGAUUGAGCCAUUUUCUGCUGCAAGAUGUCGGACCUUCAAACGAUUGAAUAGUAAGAGGACAGGAGAACAGGCCGUUGCUCAUCAUGUGAUGAGACCUUGCCAUCACUCUUUAAGUGCAAUGCAAAUACUGAACACUUUCAGAAAAAUAGAUGAGCCUAGAUCCUUUUCUACUUUCAGGGAACGGCUGCACCACUUACAGGCAAUUUUCAACAUCAUUAAAACAGAGAAUGAUCGGGUUUGCUUUGGGAAAUCUGGAAUUCAUGGAUGGGGCCUCUUUGCACGUCGGAACAUCCAAGAAGGAGAUAUGGUUCUUGAAUAUCGGGGUGAACAGGUUAGGCGUAGUAUUGCUGAUUUGAGGGAAGCUCGCUACCGAGUGGAAGGCAAAGAUUGCUAUCUGUUUAAGAUCAGUGAAGAAGUUGUUGUGGAUGCCACAGAUAAGGGAAACAUUGCACGUUUAAUCAACCAUUCGUGUAUGCCCAACUGCUAUGCAAGGAUCAUGAGUGUGGGUCAUGAUGAGAGUAGGAUCGUGCUUAUUGCCAAGACUAACGUGCCUGCUGGUGAUGAGUUAACGUACGAUUACUUAUUUGAUACUGACGAGUGUGACGAAUUCAAAGUCCCUUGCUUGUGUAAAGCUCCAAACUGCAGGAAGUUCAUGAAUUAGGUUACAACAACAGAGUAUAGACAUUGUUUCUCCGGAAGAAGCACUAACCCAACCACCCUCUACUGGGACCUCACAGAUCAGUUACUAAAUUUGUAAUUUUUUUUUUCUGUUUAAAGUAAUAAUUUAUGUAUUUUAAUUUUUUGUUCCAAUUUUUUGUUUUGAUAAAUUUUCAAGCUUAAUAAGAGCUAUUGAUUUCCCCAGCUGUUUGGCUUGAGUCAUUCUUGUGUAAAUUGUUUGGUGGAUAUACAUAUUUUUUUUCUCUUAAUGUUGAUCCAGAUUUCACCUCU